GGGUGAUUGUGUCACUCUUACAAAUAUGCGACUCGCGCCUUCCUGUUGUGCCACUUACUGUCACUUACUGUCACAUCUUAUAAUUUUUAAUACAUUUUGCUGUUGAAUUCUUUCUUCUAGUCGUUCGUUAAUUGCCAGACAUGCGCCUCUCGAGCCUUCUCUUCAUCGGCCCUUCGCUGGCUGCGACCCUUCCGCCCCAGCCACUUCUGCAUCAAGAGGAGGCCCUUUCUCAAGCGGACGCGGUCAAAGAAGCCUUUCAACAUGCCUGGAAUGGUUAUACGAAAUACGCUUUUCCUCAUGACGAGUUGCGUUCGGUUUCCAACGGCUACGGAGAUUCCAGAAACGGAUGGGGCGCUUCUGCCGUUGAUGCCCUCUCGACCGCGAUUCUGAUGCGUAAAGCCGAUGUCGUUAACCAGAUUCUCGACCAUAUUGCCUCUGUCGAUUAUUCCACCACUCCAUCCUUGGUCAGUCUGUUCGAGACUACCAUCCGAUACCUCGCGGGAAUGUUAUCCGGAUACGACCUGCUGAAAGGCCCUAUGGCAGAUCUGGUUCAAGAUUCGUCCAAGGUGGACAUGCUUCUUACUCAGUCGAAGAAACUAGCAGACGUACUCAAGUUCGCCUUUGACACAAAAUCCGGGGUGCCGAUCAACGACGUCAACAUCACCUCGCACGAGAACGACGGUCUGACAUACAACUCACUUGCCGGAAUGGGCACUUUGACGCUGGAAUGGACGCGAUUGAGUGACCUGACGGGUGAUCCAGAGUAUGCGCGAUUGAGUCAAAAGGCACAAGAGUAUCUACUGCACCCAAAACCGACCAGCAGUGAGCCCUUCCCCGGUCUGGUGGGCAGUAACAUUGAUAUCGCGACGGGCAACUUCACCGACGCAGCAGUUAGCUGGAACGGUGGCGCGGAUUCCUUCUACGAAUACCUGAUCAAGAUGUACGUCUACGACCCGUAUCGCUUUGGAUUGUACAAGGACCGAUGGGUGGCAGCCGCCCACUCGACCAUUGAGCAUCUGCAGUCGCACCCGUCAUCGCGGCCGGACUUGACAUUUCUGGCGUCAUACAACAGAGGCCAGCUUGGUCUCAGUGCGCAGCACCUGACCUGCUUCGAUGGAGGUAGCUUCCUGCUGGGUGGGACUGUGCUGGGUGACGACAAGUUGGUUCAGUUCGGCCGGGAUCUCGUGAAAGGGUGCCAUGCGACAUACAACGAGACGGCGACGGGAAUCGGACCGGAGACGUUUGCAUGGGAUGCGCAGUCGGUGCCAAAUGACCAGCGGGUGUUUUUCGAGAAAGCCGGUUUCUACAUCACCAAUGGGGUGUACAUCCUGCGGCCGGAAGUAAUUGAGAGCUUCUACUAUGCAUAUCGUGUCACCGGUGAGACACAGUACCGAGACUGGGUGUGGGAUGCAUUCGUGGCCAUCAAUGCCACAUGCCGGACAGACUCUGGAUUCGCAGGAAUCAACAAUGUAAAUGUGAAGGAUGGAGGUGGGAAGCAGGACAACCAGGAGAGUUUCAUCUUUGCGGAAGUGCUCAAGUAUGCGUAUCUGGCGGUGACAGGAGACGAUGAGUGGCAGGUGAAGCCGGGCAAUGGGAACAAGUUUGUGUUUAACACGGAGGCGCAUCCUAUCCGAGUAUAUUCUUAA